ACAUUGAGGUUUGACUUGACGUACCCAGAAUGGAAACAAAACCCGGGUCCUCUCUCGCCACACUACUCUAGAGUCUUCUGUGCUGAUCUGCCAUACCAGCCGUCCCAGGCGACUUGUAAAUCGUUAAAGACUCUUGUUUCCCGGGUCUCUUCUUGACUAAUUUACUCAUUGUGCUGCCUGUUUGAGUUAUCAACAUGGAGAACCGGAAACGACCACUUGAGGCGGCUUCGUCCCCCGAUGACAGCUUCCAAACGCCGCAGAAGAGAGUGUCAGGAGUCCGGCAGCAGGACACGGACUACACUCUGUGGGGAGUGGAAGAAACCUGCCGCUACCUACGAAGAGAAGGUCUCCGUGAAUGGGAAGAUACAUUUAAAGGUCGGUUUACUGUCUCGGUCGGUUUUGUAUAUUUACUUUUGUAUUUGCUGAUCUUAAUACAGCCUCUCAGGUGAGUUUCCACCUGUCUGUGAGCUGAGAUAUUUGCCUGUUGACAUUAAACGUGUUUUUGUGUUAUCCAGCACAAAAAAUCACAGGUAUUGGUCUGAGGUACCUUACUGAUGCUGACCUGGAGAAGAUUGGCGUUCAGUAAGUGUGGCCUAUUUAAACUCAUAUAUUGCCUAAAAAGGACAGAACCACGUUGUCCUACUGAAAUGCUCCAUUCACUGACUAUUUGAGGUUUCACAAAAUAUUAAUAUCUUGUUCUCAAGGUGUCUUGGGGACCGGCUGAAGAUACUCCAUAGUCUCAGGAAGCUGUGGCAGAUAGUAGCCGAGCCAAACAAGGUAUGUCAGCAAUUGAACCUCUCAAGGCUUUAAAGAUAGGAAGACAUAACAGAGUCCCUACACACAGGCUUGUUGUAUGAGUUACAAGGAUGACAUAAAGAACAGGGUUAAAGUGAGGUUAAGUGGAGGGGACUUUUUCUCAUGAGCCAUGUGUGAAAUAAGGGGUGGGGGUUACUUGUGUUUCAGGUUGACUGAAACUUAAACCAAGCUGGAAGGCCUCAGAUUGGCAACAGACUAUCAAGGCCUCUUUUGCACAGACAUCCUGUUUGAUUAAGAAUUUAAUUUCCAAUGUCAAAGCUUUACAAUAGAAAUCACAAUAUUGGGGCUUCAGUUGAAAAAUGUAUUCAAAUGUGGUGUUUUCAUUGUCAAUCAAUCAAUUAAUAAAAUUUUAUUUAUAUAGCCCCAAUUCACAACAGUCAUCAUCCCAAGACGCUUUUCAAAGAAAAAGAGCAGGUCUAGACCACGCUCGUUGUUUGAUGAAUUACCAAGACCCAACCUAAGAUGGGAUUUGGCCCAUUUCAUCUAACAUGAGUGACAGUGGCAAGGAAAAACUUCCUUUUAACAGGCAGAAACCUUGGGUAGGACCAGACUCAUGCUAGACAGCCACCAAGCUGCUGCUGGGUUGGGGAGGAAUACAGAGUGAUAGAGAGAGAAAGAGAGAGAACAAGAUAGAGAGAGGGAGAAUAGUUAAGGGAGAGGAAGGGAGAGAGAGACAGGGGAUAGUAGCAACAUUAAAACAACAGCAACAACAACAGCUCAUUGUCGUCAUGUCUUCUGCCAGGUGUUUAAUGAUCCCAUCCAUGGGCACGUGGAGUUGCACCCUCUUCUAAUCAAAAUCAUCGACACUCCUCAGUUCCAGAGAUUACGCAACCUCAAGCAGCUUGGAGGUACCUACUUGGUUUUCCCUGGAGCAUCUCACAACCGUUUUGAGCACUCGAUUGGGUAUGUGUUCAGUGAGAUACAGUGGUUGUUAAAAAGGGCGUGUCAUGAUACAUGGUUUUAAAAAAAAUAGUUAAGUGUCACAUGCAGUGUUUUAUUAUCAAUAAAAUGUUUAUCUUUCAUUAGCUGAGUGCUCUAUGCUCAACUCUGGAUAAGUAAACCUGUGUAGAUAAGGAAAGCUGGAGAUGAAAUAUGUUUUUACCGAAGAAGUGAAUUACUGCAAAACAACAUAUUUUUCAGUUGAGGGAUCUCUAGGUCAUCUGGUUUGGUUUGAGAUGCCAUGACUUCCUUCUCCAAGGAAAAGUCUGUGCUGCAUUUGCUGUUUGGGUAAAAAUGGAAACAGCGGUCAGUGUGUCUGGGCUUGGUUGGGCUAUCUCUAAACAAAGCUGCUAGUGUGACUAGUUAGAGAAAGAGUCCUUUAAACUGUGGCAUAUUUUGGCCGCCUGGAGCUUUAUAAAGUGAAUCACAAUCAUGCGGAAGUCCAACAGACUUCAACUCUUUAUCAAUCUGACUCAAAACCCAUCGCAUAUCUCAACCAUCUUGACUCUCUUCUGGGAAAUUUAAGUAAUGAGUUGUUUCCUUGUGUGCUGUAUAGGGUAGGUUAUUUGGCCGGCCGACUUGUUCAAGCUCUGAAUGACAGGCAGCCAGAGCUCCUCAUCUCUCGCAGAGACAUCCUUUGUGUGCAGAUUGCUGGGCUCUGCCAUGAUCUGGGUGAGUAACGUGCUCAUCAAGUUAGUCAUGUUUGGGGCAACUCAGAGCCACAGGGUUUGGGAGAAAAGCUGUGAAUCAAAGUGAAACUAUUUUAGUUCUAAGUUUUGUUUUCCAGAGAACAAUCACACUUAAGUAGCUCAGUGCAAAACUCUCUCACGUCACGUCUAGUAAUUUUUUUUUAAUGCAACACCUCCCACCCUUUCCACCAAUCCCAGGACAUGGACCGUUUUCCCAUAUGUUUGAUGGGAUGUUCAUUCCCAGAGCGCGCCCAGGUAUUACCUGGAAGGUAAGAACAUGUGUGAUCUACAUUUCCUCUGUCUGUGCCAUGAAAAAAAAGUGAAAAUACUACUCAACAUAAUAAUAAAGAGUAUGAGAGUCAGUCAGCAAAGCACAAAAAUCCAAAUUAAUGAAUUCCUCAAAGCUCCUGUGGAGAAUUUUAACCGGUUAUAUAAACAAGUUGAAAUUAGUUAUAAUGUGCGAUUAUGCCAAAGCCAAGUAGUUUCAGUGAUUUAUCGGAAAAUGUGAAGACGCAGCUAAACAACUUAUGAUUCACCACUUCAACAUGCUGACACAGCUGCAGAGUUACCAUUGUUUAUUCCCCUUUCUGUUUCUAAUUUGGUAUAAAACUCCAGUCCUCUUCUGCACUGACUAGAUGGAUGUAGUAUUACCUCCUCAUCCUCAUUCUUGCUCUUCUUUUAAUUGACGAAGUAGAGUUGUAAAAGCCCCGUCUGCUCUUUCUUAUCUACAUAAUCUGUUUACAGGCACUGCAAAUCAUCAGUGUCAGUGAACUGAUAACAACAGGGAGAACAUGCUUUUUAUGUCAGUUAUGACCUUAGACUUGACAUCUGGUAACCAUUUGUGAUAAGACAAGUAAUCAGCUGUGUGUCAUGCCACGUUUGAGCGAUAAACUCUUUCUUCUCGAGUCUUAAGCUUUCAUUUUCAGACCCGAAUAUUCCCAUUCCCAUAUUUGCCAAACGUGGUUGUUUCUAUUGCAGCAUGAGACCGCCUCUCUGGAUAUGUUUGACUACCUGGUGAGAGACAACAAGCUGGAGCCAGUGAUGGAGCAGCAUGGCCUUGUGCUGCCUGAAGACUUGGACUUUAUAAAGGAACAGAUUGCGGGACCACAGAACCUUGAUGCAGCUAAAGGCCAGAAGGUAUUUGAUUGCUCUGUUAGAGUGAAACAAGGUUGUUAGUGACCUGCUAUGGUGGCCUACAUGGAACCACCUUGGAAGUAAUCAAAACAUGGUUUGGUUUGGUAGUAAAAGAUAUUUUAGAGGCAGUAUAAAAUAGGGCCCAACCGAUUUAUCAGCGAGCCAAUUAAAUCUGCCAAUUUUAGCCCAUUUGAGACUAAUCGGUAAUUGGCCAAAACUCGCCGAUUUUUGCUGAUAUUUUCAGAAAUAAAAUUCGGAGAAUAAGAUUAGGUUUCAUUCCGAAAAUGUUCUGCCAUUUGAAAAGUUCCCCGACUUAUCCUGUAGAUGGCGCAGCGACCUCAUGACAAUCCUUAUCUACUAACUGCCUGUUUCCCAAUGUGCUGGUCUCAGUCACGUCAAGAAAACGGUGAAGCACCAUGUAAUAUGCAAGCUAAAGUUAGAGUUAACCAUCUGCUAUUAGCCUUGCUACCUUGUUAGCCGUGCCAGUAACAAUAGAAUAGACAACAGUACACGUUACGUGAUCGAGUUACUUCUCUUAAUGAGGCAGCUGCAUGUCUCCAGUCCAUGUCGGUUAGGCCCAAGUAAACAAGGCUCUAAAAGGUGGUAAAUUCAACUCUAGGAUUCCUGUAUAAAACCUGUCAGCUAAUUCUGAUUGUCUUGUCAGUGGCCGUAUAAAGGUCGUCCAAAGGACAAGUCCUUCCUCUAUGAAAUCGUGGCCAACAAAAGAAACGGCAUAGAUGUGGACAAGUGGGACUACUUUGCCAGGUAGGUGUUUGUUAAACAUCUGUUUAGCUGUAGUUUUUUUCUGUUUUUGUACAUUUCUUAAAUCUGUCUCUCAUCAGGGACUGCUACCACCUGGGAAUUAAGAACAAUUUCGACCACCGCCGCUUCAUGAAGUUUGCCAGAGUUUGUGAUGUGGAUGGUCAAAAGCAAAUUUGCACAAGAGACAAGGUACUGAUGUUACUAAAGAUUAUUUUCGAUUAACUUUUUGAGUGGUUUUUUAUACUAACAUACAAAUAUUUCUUCAAACAGGAAGUGGGCAAUCUGUAUGACAUGUUUCACACCAGGAACUGUCUCCACAGAAGAGCCUAUCAGCACAAAGUGGGCAACAUCAUAGAGACUAUGUGAGUCAGCUAUUUAUCCGGAAUAGUUUGUUGUCAUGUUUGCUGCACAGUUUGAAAAACUUCUUUAUCAUUUUUUUCUCUUUAUUAAUUUAGGGUCACUGAGGCCUUUUUAAAAGCAGACAAGCACAUCCAGGUGGAAGGCUCCGGAGGGAAGAAGUUCACUCUUUCCACAGCCAUUGAUGACAUGGAGGCUUACAUGAAGCUCACAGGUGUGUGUUUCAUGUUUGAAGUCCAGAUAUGGGACUGGGCUGUCUGGGAGCUUUUGGCCGAAGUACGGUGAGCCAAAAGGGAAAUUAAACACAUGUAGAUUUGUCUCCAAAUCAUAUUGAGGUUAAGGUGUGGAUGCAGACAGGCCUGUUUUAAUAACAGGUUUGUGUAGCCAGUGUCAUUCAGAUACAGUCUGAUACAAGAGCUCAGCAAGGAUUUUUCCUUAAUUAAAGGUUAUAUUGUCAGGUUAUUUAGCUAUCUGAAUUAAAGGAUCAAAGUCUGUAUUUGUGUUGGGUCAUUUUUUAAUGAUCGAUGCCCUGCCCACACCAAAUGAGAGCAGAGGUGAAAGGAGGCCAUUCAAGUUUGAUGAAAAAAUAAAUAGAAAUUUUAAAAUAGUUGGAUUUUAUGUAAAACAUAACCUUUUAUUAUCUAUAACAUGGAGCUAGCUGUUGAAUAAAUACAGAAAGUAGUGAUUUAAAGCACAAACUUAUUCUGAACAUGCUUUGAACCCACUUCAGUUAGUGACAAUAGAUGAAACUCAUCUUAAAAUAAGAUGUUUUGCUUUUUUGUUUUACACUUUUAACCCAACACUAAAGUGGGCUUGGUAUUUUUUACUAUUCUACCUAUAAUGGAAGUAAUCUAAAAAGAAAAUUCCAUCUGAAAAGAGUUUUAAAGAUAGAGCCUUUAUAGUUACUACUACACUGAAAGGAAUCAAUUCAGUUAAUGAUUUAGUGACUAAGGCAUCUCAUGUUUGUUUGUCAAACUUUCUGUUUGAUUUGUAGAUCAUGUGUUUGAGCAAAUACUCUACUCUCCCUCUCCGGAGCUGGACGAAGCGAGGCAGAUUCUGCGUAACAUCGUGUAUCGACGCCUCUACAAGUGUCUGGGGCAAACCCAGGCUGAGACACCCAUGAAAGUCAACCAGGUGUGUGUUUGCAUUCUCCUUGUUGUGUGAUAAAACACAGCUGCUUGUCUUUUUAUUGUCUAUUCUCAGCACACUGCAAGUGUGUGCAAGGAUAAAAUUUGAGCUGAGAUAUUGAUGCUGCAACAUUGAGGUUAAACCAAUGAGUCAAAUGAUCCUGUAAUGCAAUGUCAAAUAUUUCAUGUCUGUUUACCCCUUUACUUGCUGCUCUUCUUCCUCCAAAAGGAGACAAUUCAGAACUGGAAAGCUGAUUUAGCAAAGCCCGUUCUCCAAAACAGCCCCCAGGAUGUCCAUCUCGAUCCCGAGGACUUUAUAGUUAAGGUGAGUUUUUUAUUCUUCUUAUUUUUAAUAUCAUAUGUUCUGAGCCUUGACCUCUGUGUUCUUCUGUACUUAAAGAUGUUCCUCUUCUCUUAAGGUCAUAAACAUGGACUAUGGGAUGAAAGAGAAGAACCCCAUCAAUAAUGUCCGAUUCUAUUGCAAGGAUGAUCCUACCAAAGCUAUCCAGAUUCGCAAAAACCAGGUCAGAUCUGCAGCGAGAACAACAGUAUACACUUCGUUAUCGCUGUGCAUGAGAAGACUUUUCCUUUUAGGCCUUCUCUGCUUGUUACAUUGAAGUUGUUUGCCAAAGCCCCAAUUGUAUCUGUAUCCCUCAUGGUAAACUACGCUGCCCUCUUUUUCUCAGGUGUCGAAACUGCUCCCUGAGCAGUUUGCCGAGCAGCUCAUCAGGGUCUACUGCAAGAAGACCGAUGAAAAGAGUCUGGAGGCGGCCAAGAAGCAGUUUGUCCAGUGGUGCAUGGAAGAGAACUUCUCAAAGCCUCAGGUAAUAUUUAUCUGCUGGAAUAUCAGAAAUGAUUUAGGCUCUUAAGUCUCAUUUCAGAUUUUACUGGGUAGGUUUUCCCUCAUUACUAAGUAUUACUACCAUAUACUAAGACCAAAAAAACUACCAUCAUUUUAGGGUUGGGUUAUGAGUCAGGAAAAGCGAUGUACUGCCACGAGUUGCUCUGAUGAUGUUUUUGUAUGCUGUGUAAACUCUACACUCCCCUUGUAAACACCAAUGCCUGUUGCUUUUAUGUACACACAGAAUGGUGACAUAAUCGCCCCUGAACUGACUCCUCUGAAAGAGAGCUGGUCAAACGACAAUGAAAAAGACGAUGGAGAGGGACGCAGCAUCUGGGAGGUACACAACGCCAGCACAAGUGGAAAAAAAGGACGCAAAAAUCUAAACUUCUAAUAGGCGAAGGAGAGCUCACAACCCUCUGUACACAUUUUGUAGACGAAAGAUUGUAAUGAAAGUGUCGACUCAUGGUUACAUUUUUCUACAGGGCGAGUGUGUUGAAGUACACAUCAAGUAUUAAUGCCAUAAAUUCUAAUCAAGACUGUGUUGGUGCUCUAGAAAACGCAAUCAGGAAAAAAAGAUUUCUAAAUGUAUAUUCAGGGCUUUUACUCAGGGUCUUUUACACAUACGUCAGUUUUAGUGUCACAACUCGGCCAUGACGAACGACGGUAGGAGCCAGCCGAGCCAAAAGUAAAUAAGUAGUAAAUAAAGUGAUAAACAGUUAUUAAGUAUGAGGUGUGUAGAGUCUGUAAGAUCAGUGGUUUGCUUGUGCGUUUGUAAGAAGUGCACUAGCAUAAGAGCUAAAUGAGCAAUACAGGGACACUGGCAUGGCGUGGAGAGCAAUAGAGAGAGAGAACCGGGGUCACCACAAGCUCCUCAUAUAUCAGUUCAUCUUUUUGAUCUUGUUUUCAUUUUCUAUCUUUCUGUUUUAAGCUGAAUGUAAGUUAUUUUAUGUCAUGUGCAAUUCACAAACAUUCAAUGUUAUAUUUGCACUACAAACUGUAAAUCAUGAUCUAUGUGUACUCUCAAUAUCAGCACGGUCUAUAUCAGGGAAGGGUAUUUUUACAGCUAUUGUGUUUCGAAACGUUUUAUUUAAUUUUUUAAGGGACAGUGAAAAAAAGUUCGAUUUCAAAACUCAUUUUCCAUCAGCAGUUUCUGAGAUUGAACAUGAGCGUUUGUUUUUACAUUUGGAGUUAACUAAAGUUUGAUUUGAUCUUACAUUUACCUCGACGUAUUUCCCAAAGCUCUUUAUUUUUUAUUCUUACAGGGUGUUACUUAGCUUCAUUGUGUUUUUGCUCAGUUGAAUGGUUGAAUCUACAUUAUAUUUUGGAUACCAAAUAUUUUCUGUCAACCAAAUUUUACUAUCAGUGUCAGCAGAUUUGCCUUGUUGUGGUUGUUUUGUUUUGCUUUGUGUAAAAAAAAGAAAAAUAUGUAUAUUUUUACGAGAGUGUUAAGGGAUUUCUACCUAAGUGUUUGUGGGGAUCCUGUAAAUAGUUAAACUAUUUAAAGGACUUGAAAAUAAAAACGUUAUCCCUUUA